AUGAAUACCGCAUCUGAUCCUGAGAAAGUCGCUGACGGUCACCAUCCUGACCACAUUGAUUCUUCUGCCAGCUCACGCAAUGAGGCUUCCGCUGAGGACAAACCUACGGUCUUGACGGAAGAGAAUAUCGAAAAGGGUCAAAACGAUAUCAACCAUAGCUACGACCCCGAUCUUGCGCCGCAAUACACCAAGGCCGAAGAAGACGCUGUCAUACGCAAACUUGACUGGCACCUCAUGCCCCUCAUCUUUGUCCUCUACAGUCUUUCAGUGCUCGACAGAUCGAAUCUAGGAAAUGCUCGUAUAUCAGGCAUGGAACGUGAUAUAGACCUCUCUGGUACUCGUUAUGAUUGGCUGGGAACAGCGUUUUAUAUUUCCUAUAUCUUAUCGCAAUGGACUCAAAUUGGCUGGAAGGCUUUUAAGCCUCAUCAAUGGGUUGCUGUCGUUGUCUUCCUAUGGGGUUUUGCCUCGACCAUUCAAGCCGCCUGCAACAACUGGGCUAGCAUCAUGGUAUGCCGAGUGUUUCUGGCCAUCUUUGAAGCUGCGUACGGACCCGGGGUGCCACUGUACUUGAGUUUUUUCUACCCUCGAGAAAAACUCGGCCUGCGCACUGGGAUUUUCUUGUCCGGCUCAGCUGCUGCUAAUGCCUAUGGUGGUGCCUUGGCAUAUGGUAUCUCCCAAGCCCGUGGGAGUAUUGGACCAUGGAGGAUACUGUUCAUUGUCGAAGGUGUACCGACAUGCGUUCUCGCUGUGGUUGCUUGGUUCUUCCUCCCAGAUGACCCACAAAGUGCCCGGUUCUUGAGUGACAGAGAACGUGAGAUCGCCAUCGACCUGUCUAUGCGUCAGCCUGGAGAUAGGACCGGCAACAAAGGAAUUCAGUGGAAGCAAGUUCUUGGUGGAUUGAAAGAUUACCGAUCAUAUCUUCCUCCCAUUAUGUAUUUCGGCUGCAAUGUCUGUUUCGCUUCACUUCCACUCUUCGUGCCAACCAUCAUCUCAGAAAUGGGUGCAUUCUCCACAAUCCAAUCGAAUGGUCUCUCAUCACCACCAUACGUGGUCUGCUUCCUAGCAAUCAUCACCGUGUCUUUCCUCUCCGAUAAAUUCAGACUGCGAGGCCCGUUCCUGGCUGGUGCGGCUCUGAUCGCCGCCGUCGGGUACAUCAUCUUAGCCACCACCACGGGCGUGGGACCGCGGUAUUUCGGUCUAUUCCUCGCCACCCUGAUCUUUGUCUCGGUCGCCCAAUGUCUCACAUGGGUGGGCAACACACACGCCACAGACAGCAAACGCGCUGCUGGCCUCGCACUACUCGCAACAGGCGGACAAUGCGGACCUGUCCUGGGCACGAGGAUCUUUCCAAAGUCCGACAAGCCGUAUUACCGUAAAGGCAUGUGGAUCUCCUGUGGUGCCUGCCUGUUGGUCGUGGUUGCCGCGUCUCUGCAGAUGCUGAUCCUGCACCGCGCAAACGUCAAACGCGAUAAGAAAUACGGGAAGAAUAGGGAGACGGUGCAUCUCGAGCGCCCUACCGAGUGGGGUGAAGACAAGCAAUUUCGAUACGUGAUCUGA